AUGUCCUGCUGCCGGAGCGGCGCGGGGGGCGCCCGGGGCCUCGGCCGCCUCCUCGUCCUCCUGCAGAAAAAUGGAGUGCGGCAUUGUUCCUACGGGGCUACACAGAAAAACCUUUACAUCACUAAAGACACCAAGGUUAUUUGUCAAGGCUUUACCGGCAAACAGGGUACCUUUCACAGUCAGCAGGCGCUGGAGUAUGGCACAAAUCUCGUGGGUGGAAUUUCACCAGGCAAAGGAGGCAAAACUCAUUUGGGGCUUCCCGUUUUUAACUCGGUGAAGGAGGCAAAAGAACGGACGGGCGCGACCGCCUCCGCGAUAUACGUGCCGCCUCCGUUCGCUGCUGCCGCCAUCACCGAAGCCAUCGACGCGGAAAUCCCCCUGGUGGUAUGCAUCACGGAAGGUAUCCCCCAGCAGGACAUGGUUCGAGUCAAGCACCGGUUGCUUCGCCAGAACAAGACGCGGCUCGUCGGCCCGAACUGUCCGGGAGUCAUCAACCCUGGAGAAUGUAAAAUCGGCAUCAUGCCUGGCCACAUUCACAAGAAAGGCAGAAUUGGUAUCGUCUCGAGAUCUGGCACUCUGACGUAUGAAGCUGUUCAUCAGACAACUCAAGUAGGACUGGGGCAAUCCUUUUGUGUUGGAAUCGGAGGAGACCCAUUCAACGGGACAAACUUUAUUGACUGUCUGGAGGUCUACCUGAAGGACCCAAAUACCGACGGGAUCAUUCUGAUCGGUGAGAUAGGCGGAAAUGCCGAAGAAGACGCUGCUGAAUUCCUUAAGAAAAACAACUCUGGCCCAGAUGCCAAGCCAGUCGUCUCCUUCAUUGCCGGGAUCACGGCGCCCCCCGGCAGGAGGAUGGGUCACGCCGGGGCCAUUAUCGCCGGCGGGAAAGGGGGCGCGAAAGAGAAAAUCGCCGCCCUGCAGAAUGCCGGGGUCGUCGUCAGCAUGUCUCCCGCUCAGCUCGGCUCCACGAUGUACAAGGAGUUCGAGAAGAGGAAAAUGCUGUAAGGCGAGGAUCUGUCGGGAUGUGCCGUCACCGA